AUGCAUAUCUUGAAAGGUUUACCUGGAUCUGGCGGUGUCUUGGGAGCAGGAGGUGUACCAGGAGCUGGAACAGUUCUGCCUGGAGGGUUUGGGACCGGUGUUAGAUAUGGAGGGUAUGGAGGAGCACAAAAACCACCUAAAUAUGGACAACCAGCUGGUGGGGUCGGAAGUGCGUUGGGUGGGUCGGUACCAGCAACUGGUGGAACUGGGGCCACAGGAACCGGAAUUGCAACUGGUGGUGUAGGUGGGGCUGGAGGCACACCAGUUUCAGGAACCAAGCCAGACAAAUAUGGCACUAUAGGAGGAACAGCAAUUCCAGGAAGUACAGCUGCUACCGGCACAGAUCGUGGAGCAGGACCUAAACCUGGAGUUGAUGGAGUGAUUGGCAGUCCUUAUGAUGCAACCCGUGGUGCUGGAGAAGGUCAAGGUGGAACAAAAGCUCCCAAGACUGAAUCUGGCGGACCAAUAGAGGGAUCAGGUGUUACUGGUGGGUCCAUUGAUGCUGAUGGACUUGAUGGGGUUGCUGGGACAGGAAUACCCAUCUUAGCUGGAGAAAAACCAGGUGUCUCUGGAACUGUACCAGGUGGAACGGGAGUGCCACGACCCGAGAGAGUUGGCGAUAGUGGAACACUACCAGGAGCCAAACCACUAAAACCCCCAGGCAUUGGAGGUGGAGCCAUUGCUGGACGUGGAGAUACCCCAGGCACUAUUGAAGGAGGACCUGGAAGUGUAGGCGGUGGUCCAGGUGGGGUUGGUGGAGGACCGGGAGGAGUUGGUGGAUUUCCAGGGGGAGUUGGUGCAGUUCCAGGAGGAGUUGGUGGAGUUCCAGGUGGAGUUGGUGGAGUUCCAGGUGGAGUUGGUGGAGUUCCAGGAGGAGUUGGUGGAUUUCCAGGGGGAGUUGGUGGAGUUCCAGGGGGAGUUGGUGGAGUUCCAGGGGGAGUUGGUGGAGUUCCAGGGGGAGUUGGUGGAGUUCCAGGUGGAGUUGGUGGAGUUCCAGGAGGAGUUGGUGGAUUUCCAGGGGGAGUUGGUGGAGUUCCAGGAGGAGUUGGUGGAGUUCCAGGUGGAGUUGGUGGAGUUCCAGGAGGAGUUGGUGGAUUUCCAGGGGGAGUUGGUGGAGUUCCAGGGGGAGUUGGUGGAGUUCCAGGAGGAGUUGGUGGAGUUCCAGGUGGAGUUGGUGGAGUUCCAGGAGGAAUUGGAGGAGUUAAACCGCCUAAAGUUUACAGCGGUACAGGUGGAACUGGAGCUCUUGGAGUUGGAGGUGUAGGUGGAAUGGGUCCAGCUGGAACAGGAGGAGCUGGACUUCUGCCUGGAGGUGGUGGUUUACUACCAGGAGGUUAUGGAGGAGCUGGAGGUUUAGGAGCCGGUGGGAUCCAACCAGGGACUGGCCUCAGGUUCCCCAGUGGGGCUGCAGUGGGCAGCAAACAAGGAAAAUUUUAUGGGGCAGCAGGCACACUUGGUGGGUUUGGAGGCCCAGGCGGAUAUGGAACAGGACCCGGUGGCUUUGGAGGUGGUCCAGGUGGUUAUGGUGGUGGCCCGGGUGGCUAUGGUGGUGGCCCAGGCAGUGCUGGUGGACUUGGAGGGCCUGGAAUUGGUGGGCUUGGUUAUGGUCCUGGCGCAGUAAAACCACCUAAAAGCUAUGGAGGAACUGGAACAUUGGGUGGGGCUGGAAGAGGAGGAAUUGGUGGAGGUCCUGGAGGUCUUGGUGGUGGUCUAGGAGUAGGACCAGGAGGUGUUGGUGGAGGUCCUGGAGGAGUUGGAGGACUGGGUGGAGGUGCCAGAUAUCCAGGUGGUGGCCUGGGAGCUGGAGCUGUGAAACCUGGGAAAUCAGGGUAUGGAGGUUAUGGUGCAGCUGGAGGCGUGGGAGGUCUUGGAGGAGCAGGUGGAGGACUAGGAGGUCUAGGAGGAGGUGCUGGAAGCCCAGUAGGAACUGGCUUUGGCACGGGUGCACUGGGUGGUCAAGGCUAUCAGCCCGGUUAUGGUGGCACUGGUGCAGGGGGACCUGGAAGUGCUCCACUUACACCUCAGCAAUCAAAAGCAGCCAAAUAUGCAGCUCUUCAAGGCUUUCUAGGUGCUGGAGGCUACAGAGGGGGCGCAGGAUGCCAAGGCAAAUACUGCGGAAGAAGGAGGAAGUGAGAAACCAGCUGAUAAAAGUGACCUCAUAAACAAGUGGUGCUACUGCCUGAUCUCAAAUGCACUUUUUUACAGUUUAAAAGUGCCUCGUGUAGUAUGUGAGAGAUUUGGACUUACACUAAAGAAUUUUUUCUGCCGUAUGAUUAGAUGUGAUGUGAAACUCACAAGGCACUCUUUGCACUGCCUGAACUCCCUUUACUUUACUUGUGUUGCUAUACGUUUUCUACAAGUUUAACAUGAUUGCUUGAUUUUAUUUUGAACCAUUUAAUGUUCCAUCUUAAAAUUCUGCAGUUCCAGCUGUGCAUCUCUUAUGGUUUUGCUGCAGUUGUUCACUUACACUUAGCUGUGUAUUUAGACACAUGCAAUCUAGGGACGUGUUGCUGCUAUUUCAGGAUGAACUGUGACAGUGGAGGAAGCAGCGUUAUUAGCCUUCAUGUUCUGGCCACCUAUCAUAAAGUAAAGGGAGUCUGUUUUUCUUUCUAGCUGUAUGCAUAUGAGUUCAUGAACCCAUAUUUUGUCUUUUCCGGCAUCUUCAGUCAUUCAAAGCGUAGUCACAUGAAGGAACGCGAUCUAGGCUUACCAAUUUUAGUCUUAUAAGAACAAAGUGCUUGUCGUAACUGCAGUAGACGGCAUCUAAGUACUGAGGAUUAUAAGCUGUCUUCAACGAUACCUCAGGAACUUGAAGCGGUUUCUUUUCUAGUAUCCUGACCCUAGUAAAACCUUGUUUUUGUUUGUUUGUUUUAACGUAACUCUUAUUAAAUUAAAAUGUUGGGUUUUUAAGGGUAUCUAUGCAUUUAACCUAAUGUUUUUUUAAGCAUUGUGUGUUGUGAAUGUUGUAUCUGUGUUUGUAUAAGUGCAACUAUUCAAAUGUGACCAUGAAAGUAUGAUA